AUGAAGUUCUCCACUCUUUUAUCUACUGCUGCUGCUUUAGCUUCCACUUCAUUGGCUGCUCCAAUUAAUACCACUGAAACCAUUGACAACUCCUCUGCUGCAACUUCUGCAGAUAUUCCAGCUGAAGCUAUCCUUGGUUAUUUAGAUCUAGAUGGUGACAAUGAUAUCGCUUUAUUACCAUUCGCUAAUGCUACAUCAAAUGGUUUAUUAUUCGUUAAUACUACUAUUGUCGAACAAGCUACUAAAGAACAACAAAAUGGUGACGGUUCUGUUGAUUUAACAAAGAGAGAAGCUGACGCCGAAGCCAACUGGCAUUGGUUGAGAUUAGACCCAGGUCAACCAUUAUACAAGAGAGAAGCUGACGCUGAAGCUGAAGCCAACUGGCAUUGGUUGAGAUUAGACCCGGGUCAACCAUUGUAUAAGAGAGAAGCUGACGCUGAUGCUGAGGCUAACUGGCAUUGGUUGAGACUAGACCCAGGUCAACCAUUAUACAAGAGAGAAGCUGCUGCUGAUGCAGAAGCUAACUGGCAUUGGUUGAGAUUAGACCCAGGUCAACCAUUGUAUUAA